UCAAAUUAUAAGGAUAGAUGUGCGUUCGUGCGGUGCUCCUGGUCGCCAUGGUUGCCUCGGUGAGGGCGUCUCGAGGUAGCCUCCCGGAGGACGCAAAGGAGGUGGCUUAUCGCGCCCUUGCUUAUGAUCUCGAGGUCAUACUUCAACAGCAUCUCAAUAACUGGAAAUUCCUCACUGAAACGCGUUCAACGAUAGAUAUGGGUGAAGUGUUCGACAAGAAACGUUUCCUGAAUCCUAAAAACGUUCAAAAUCCUAGUCGAAAGGCCAGAGAUGUAAAAUGGCCAAAUUUAGACGCUGCGUCAGUACAGUGUGAUAAGAUUUUCUGCAGUGAAGUGAAGAUGAACAAAACAAAAAACAAACGAGGGAAAGAUGAAGAUACCAGCGGAACACAAGAACGAAAUCGUACCUUUUACCGAGAAAAAACUCAAUCAACUCCCGACCACAGCAGAAACGGAAUGGCAGACACAGACGGAACGUUAGAAAUACGGGAAAACGAAGAAGAACAGGCGAAAGAGAGAGACGAAAGGAGUCUCCACGGAGGCAAGAGGAAGCCGAGAAAUAUCCCCGUGAUGUACAUGCCAGGGAAGAAGACGAAGAGGAAGUGUGUCGCCGCAGGAGGGAUCCUAUCUGGCCACAACGCCUUCAGUUUUCUCAGCUUCGUCACCGGCGUCCUGUCCCUGGUCUUGAAUGUCAACAAUAACAUAAACAAUAACAACGACAACAACAAUCUGAAUGACAACAACGCCAUAUCCAACAACAACGUGGAUGCCAAUGCCAACACGCAGAAUGCCAAUCAGAUCGUCGUGUUUCCACCUGGUCGGAAAAGACGGAGUUUCAGUGACUGGCGAAUCCUGCAACUCAUCAGUCAGCGGCCAUACAAUGCGCGGGAAAAAGACGACGUUGAUUCCAAGCAGCGUGCAACACAGUGCAACAAGGGACUGAGCCAUCAUCACGUGACAGAUGCUAUGACGUCUGGCUUGCGACUCCUAGCGGCUUCGGCUAUUGAGGACCUAGCCAACAGCCUCUCAGAGAGCCAAGAGAUAGUUUUCGACGACUCUUGGCGGCUCCUCAGCAGGGAGAUCCAGCAGGUGAGAGCUAAAGGUGGCUCAGGGGCUCUGCUGGCUUCUGCUGUCAGGGCAAUCUCCCGAGGGUGAUUCAUCUCCGGAAGCAAAGGUGGGCGUGGCCUAAGGAAGCACUUUAUUGGCCAGGUUGUUGAAAUCAUGCGAGGCCCGACCUAAUGAACAUUCACAUGUACGGACAAGCAUAUACACAAAUAUAAAUAGCUAUCAGUAUAGACAUGAUUAUCUACCAGAUAGAUAAAUGUAUAUCUGUCAGACAGAUGAACAUGCAUAUCUACCGGAUAGAUAGAUACAUGUGUAUCAAUCAGAUAGAUAGGCAUGCAUAUCUACCGGGUAGAUAGAUAGAUGACUGUAUCAGAUAGAUAUACAGGUACCGAUUUUUGUGGAGGAGACUCGCAGUUUUGUUAAAAUGAAAAUAAAACCCAUUUGUUACGAUU